UCUACUCUGCCUGCUGAGCAACCUGGGCCCCGUAGGUAAUCAUGCCGCAAAGAUUAAUCGUCGCGGUCUCCCAAUCGCACACUCGCGACACCCUGGCUGAUACUCUGCAAGCAUUAGAGUACUCUACUCACUUUGCUGCUUCCCGCGGAGCCCACAUCCUUCUUUUCCCAGAAGGGUAUUUGGGUGGCUAUCCGCGAACAUGUACCUUUGGCUCUGCCGUUGGGGGUCGCGACCCACCUGGCCGUGAGCAAUAUCUACACUACUUCCACGCUGCAGUUGACCUUGGAGAUACCCCUACUGGCGCUGGAGAUGAAUGGAUCGAGAGGACUCUUCCAGUUGCGAUGGGAAAGAAUUACCGGGGUGACGGCACCAGGGAGUUUAUUGAACGCGUUUCACGGGAGACGGGAGUUCUCCUCAUUGUUGGUUUGAUCGAGAGAGCGGGAGGGAGUCUGUAUUGUGCUGUGGUAUACGUUGACCCCAAGCGAGGGACGCUGGGGAAACGCAGAAAAGUCAUGCCCACUGGCAGUGAACGGCUGGUGUGGGCACAAGGAUCGCCGUCAACCCUGAAAGCGGUUACCACCGAGAUCAAUGGGGUGAAACUUACUCUUGCAGCAGCCAUAUGCUGGGAGAAUUUCAUGCCUCUGCUACGACAGAGUCUUUAUUCUCAGAAUGUGAACCUCUAUCUUGCCCCAACUGCAGACACGCGUGAUACUUGGUUGCCGUUAAUGCGCACAGUGGCAUUUGAAGGGAGGACUGUCGUACUCAGUGCCAACCAAUGUGUUCGGAAAAGCCAGCUCCCUUCGUGGAUCACCUCGUGUCAAGAACGCACCAAAGUUGAGAGUCAUCACACAAUCGAAGCCAGACCGUUAACCAGUCGUCGAUCGACACGGCGACACAGACAGCCUUCACUUACUACCCUAGAAGGAUCGCAUGAGAUUGUGUGGCCAUGCAAUGAUCCGAACGCAGCCACGACUGCAACUAUUACCGCAGAAGUCCUUCCUGAAGCGGACGGUGGAAUCCACCCAUCUGGGCUAGAGGACCAUGCCAGUAGCGCAGCUAUCAAUGGAGUGGAAGUAGCGCGACAAGAUCCCGACCCAUUUUCUACGCGUUCACCCACGGCGCGGCCAACAGUACCUCCCCCUUCCGAAUCACAUCCAGAUUCCCCGUCUGUCCCUGAUCCUACGAAAUGUCGUAGGAAAUCUAUAAUAACGGAAGACGAGCACGAAAUCACAUGGCCAGACCGUAAAUCAGAUGCCAACAAAGGGGCGGCCUCCACCUUGUCGCUGUUAUCCGAUCCAUAUUUAUCUGCAGGUGGUUCUUGCAUAGUCGGCCCUAUGGGCGAGGUUCUAGCAGGGCCAAUCUGGCACGUCUCUGAUAGCGAUGGUGAUGAUGACUGCAGCCACAUAUUAAUCGCAGAAGUCGAUUUUGAGGACUGUGAGAGGGGCAGGUUGGACUUAGAUGUUGCAGGGAGCUAUUCGAGGAACGACGCUUUCAAAUUAACGGUUGAUGGUCUCGAUUUGAAUCCUCCCCCAAUUUAGUCGAUCUUGUUCUAACUAUAAGUAUCGAUUCUCUUCCGAAACAUAUCGAGAAAUAGUUGGUAACACUGCAAUGACAAUUUUUUCGGGAGACUUAUCUUCCCAAAUGGGUGAUUUCUGUGAAGCACAGGUCUUACGUGGGAUAUUUUGGCCCUCAGAUAAUUUGUCAAGGAACUACGGCUGGGAGAAACUGAUCUGCUGUUUUUCUAUAUCGUAUUUUCGUGUGGAGGAUUGUUUCACCUUUUCUUAAAAUCAGCGAAUAGUUUCAUAAUGUGGAUAUUUUGCGACAGACAAAUUCCGUUAACUAAGCAAGUCAAGCGAUGGCUAGUUAACUAACUUAACUAACUAUAUUUAAAUAUAUGUACAUAUAUAUAUGAAUUGCUUUUUACAAUUACAGCACGACCAAUAAUGAUCGGACCAAAAUAAAAAGGAAUACACGAAAAUCAAUAAUCAGGGAUCUAUCUAAGUACCUUUCUGCCGUCUUUUUAUACC